UGAUUAGAACACGACUGCAACGCAGUCCGUAGUAGUACAGAGUACUGUUACAGCGCAGACCCGCGUCCAGUGUCUACUGCCGCCGAGUAGACGGUUGUUGUCGAAGUCUGCACUCGGCGCAGUCGCAUCCCAAGUCCGUACCGCAGUGCGUUCGGUCGGGUUGGUUACCUACCACUUACCGCCGCCGUGAAGACGCGUGUACGACCCGGACUCGGCCGCUCGGGGCACAUGGUUUUGAUAACGUUGCCCUUGCCAGCUGCCCGACAAUAUCACCUACGACGACGACGAGUGACGACAAUAGUCUCCGUUUUUUGAAAUAUUUUCGUUUCCGCCGAUUUUCAUUGCGUCCCACAGUUAUUUGACCGCGGAGGAAUGCCUCCGGGAGGCACGAAAACUGUUCAUUCGUAGUUUGACGCGCAGGUUCGGUGGUCGCCGCGGUGACCAGAGUGACGACGGUAAUUAUUAUUACUAUCAGGUACUAUCGGCGACUGCUUUAUUCAACUGCUUGUACUGCUGGGCGCCGACCGACGAUCUGGACAAAUGGCGAGAUCAGACGACCCGUACAAAGAAGGAUAUCUCUACUUUCCGCCUCACGGAGUACUAUCGCAGCUAAAAAAAUCCUGGCAGAAACGUUAUUGUAGAUUAUUCAAAUGGAGUAAACAUGGUAUAGAUCGUCUUGAAGUAUUUGACGGUAUUGAUGACCAAAAAUCUUCAAAUAUAGCCUCUAUUAUACCCUUGGAAAGUUGUGUGAAAAUCACACAAGACGCUCAAAAACAUCAACCUAAUGUGUUCGCAGUUUGGACAAAAACCAGUGUUCAUCAUUUUGCUGCAAGCUCUGAACAAGAAAUGACUGACUGGAUAUGUGCUUUGCAAGCUGUAGCAUUUAGAGAUAAUGUUUCAAGGCAAACAAUUGAAGAAGACAAUGAUUUAUAUUGUUCAUCUGGAGAUGCUGGUGUUUUUAGUGUUAAAUUAAUAUCAUCUGAUGCCAGUGAACGUUGUGGUUUAAAAGAACAAACUUAUACAUUAGUCAUUACUCCUGUUGCUCUACAAUUACGAGAGUCUGAUGAAAAUGAUACACUACUUCUAACGUGGCCAUAUAGAUUUAUUCGAAGAUAUGGAUAUAGAGCUGGUAGAUUUACAUUUGAAGCUGGUCGUAAAUGCGCUAGUGGCGAAGGCGUAUUUCAUCUGGAACAUUCAAACCAACAGGAGAUAUUUCGAUGCAUUUCAUCAAAAAUGAAAAGUAUGAAAAAACUAUUAAAUGGUGGAGGUGAUGCAACAUCUAUCAUGUGUGGUGAUAAUCAGUUCAGAGCGGCUUUAUCUAUGAUGGCCCGUUCUCGAAGCCCUUUACCACCAUCUCCCACUAGUACUACUCCAUUAAUUUUGGACAAUGACUUUAAUAGCUUUUCUUGUUCAAUCAAACCUCUCAUGCCUCUACCAUCAUUUUUAGUACCUCCAACUACGUCUCCACCACCACCACCACUGAAACCAAAACCAAAGGCCAUAUUAUCAAAAAAGCUACCUACUCCUUUCAUGAACGACCCUUACAACGAAACUAAAGAAAUAGAUUCACCAGAUGCAGCAUAUGAAGAUGUUCAAGUGAGAAACGAUGCCUGGAGAACCAUGGGUCUAAAUGAUUCAAAUCAUUGCGAAAAACCUUAUGCUAGUAACACUAUAAUACCUGAUGAUGGUACUGAACAUUAUGAUCAUCUACAACAUUUUGGUUUCAUAUCUAAAACAGCACCUGGGUAUAGACAAAUUCAUCCAAUUGCUUUAACUACAAAACACAAAUCAAUCGUUAAAGCAGAUACCGUGAUGAUGCCUGCUCGUAAAGCUGACGAUUCACAUUAUGGUUAUGGUACUAUUAAUAAAAAAAACUCGACCGAAGAAAAUUGCUCAAACAAUGAGUCUUUGGAUUCUGUAGCACACAAUGAAUUGCAAUAUGCUAUGGUCUUCAAGCCUAAUAAGGUCUAGUCUUAUUUUUAUUAUUAUUGAUGAAAAUCAUUCUCUAAAUUUAUAUAUUUUAUAUUAUAUUUUCCUAUUUCUAUA